AUGGCGCCGCCGAAGCGAUCAGCACCGUUCGACGACGAUGCGGAAGCCAGCGAUAACGACAAUGAAAACGACCUUGCCAGGAGCAGCCGAGCCACCUCACCUCUCCAGAGAUCAGCUAACAAGAGACGGAGGACAAGCGAUGAGUCCUCCAUCCAAUGGGAUGCCUCUAGCAACGCAGACGAUCGCCAGAUCGCGAGCACACCGCCCUCCGAACUAGAUUCCGAUGGCGAUGACGAUGACGAGGAGGCCAUGCUCGCUGCCACACAGGCCGUUGAGGCAAGAAAGCAUUCAAACAAGACGACCAACAAUGAACCCGCAGCUCAUGGAAUUCUGGAAGCUGUGGAGCUGGAGAACUUCAUGUGCCACGACUACAUGGAAUUCAAGUUAGGGCCGUUGAUCAACUUCAUCUGCGGCAAAAACGGCAGUGGGAAAAGUGCUAUCUUGACUGGUAUCGUCCUGUGUUUAGGAGGGAAAGCCUCUGCAACCAACCGUGGCGCCAAGCUUCAAACCUUUAUCAAGGAGGGCAAAGACCAUGCACGCAUCCUCUGCAAGAUCAAAAAUCAGGGUGAUCAUGCCUAUAUGCCCGAAUUGUACGGCAACACGAUACAAGUGGAACGGUACUUUUCACGGGCCGGCACCAGUGGUUUCAAGCUCAAGUCCGAGAAGGGACGUAUCAUCUCGACGCGGAAGUUUGACCUCGAGGAAAUCUGCGACCACAUGAUGCUGCAGAUCGAUAACCCCAUGACUGUACUUUCACAAGAUCAGGCCCGACAGUUUCUCGGCUCGUCUAGUCAGGGCGAAAAGUACAAAUUUUUCAUGAAGGGGGUGCAGCUCGAGCAGCUGGACCAGGACUACCGUCUGAUUGAGGAGCAGCAGGAGAAUAUUCGCGCCAAAAUCGAAGAUAAGCUGCCGGAUCUGGACGAUUUGAAGAAAAAGUACGAAAGAGCCAAGAAUAAGCAGGAGUUGUCUCAAAAGUACGACAGUAUGUUGGAUAAAGCUCGUGAUCUGCGACGCAUCAUGGCUUGGGCCCAGGUUGCCGAGCAAGAGAGCAUUCGAGAUUCAUAUGCCGCGUUAGUCCAGGAGGAGGAUGCCAAAAUCGCACAGGCCGAGGCCAGGCUGGCGGAACUGGACAACAUCUUUCAAGAUUCGGACCGCGCGGCUACGGCAGCCAGAGAAGCCUUUGAUGCAGCGACAGAGGUAGUUCAACGGAUCCAGGAAGAAAAGAAUGAAGAAAAGGCACGACAGGACGAAAUCAAGAAGGAGACCAACGAGGCUGUGGCUGAGCAGCGGUCAAUCCGUUCGGUCUUGAAGGACGCUGACAGGACAAUUCAAGCCAAGAAAGAAGCCAUUCUGCUGGAGGAGCAACGCUUGGCUGAGCUUCAUGGAGGCGGUGCUGCCCAACGUCUGAUCGAACUUGAGAAUGCCAGAAGUACUCUCCAUCAAGCCAAACGUGAUCACGCCGAGCACAGGCAACAGAAAUCUGCCCGAGAGAAAGAUAUCGAGAGAGCAGCAGAGGCUGAAAAGGAAGCCGAAAAUGAAAAGCAGACGCAAGAACAAAGAGUGAGGCAACAAGACCAGAAUCUCAAACAGCUGACGCAACACCGCAACUCUCAGGACCUGGCCUAUCACCCAAACAUGCCGAAUCUAUUGAAAGCCUUGCAGCAUGAGAGAGGCUUUCAAGAUCGGCCUAUUGGGCCACUGGGGAAACACGUGAAACUGCUCAAGCCUGAAUGGUCAUCAAUCCUGGAGAAGUCCUUUGGGAGCGGGUUGAAUGCAUUCAUUGUAUUUGGGAAGAUUGACGAAAUUCUGCUGAGCAACGUCAUGCGCCGGACGAAAUGCUCACUGCCGAUAUUCAUCGCCAAUCGUCAGCCACUUAAUAUCAAAGAGCCCGACGCUCGCUUCGACACUGUCUUGAGGGUUUUGGAGAUCGACAACGAAGCAGUCAAAAAGCAGCUUGUGAUAGCAAACGCCAUCGAGCAGACUCUUUUGAUACCGGACAUGUCGGAAGCUUCAGAUGCCCUGUACUCUGGUGGAAAGCCACUGGAGAAUGUCAAGAGAUGUUACUGUUUCAGCCCGACGGGUCGACUAAGAGGAGCUGCGUUGUCCUAUCGAAAUGGGCAGGCCGCCCAAGACCCGAUACACGAGUAUCACGGCACCCCUAGGAUGCGGACAGAUAUUGACGAGUCUCUACGUCGACAGCAGGAGGCCGUGCAGGAGGCCAAAGAGCAGUUGCGUCGUGCCGAGGAAGAAUGGCGCAGUGCUCGAGAGCGACAUGAGAAGGCCAAGCAGGCCCUUGUCCGUCAUGACAGAAUGGAGCGUGAAUUGCAAAUUGCAGUUCAGAACGCAGAGGAUGAGGAGGAGCGUCUGAAGGAGGCGGUCAAAGAAGAUGCUGUUGAGGGAGGCAAUCUGGAAGUUCUUCGGCAGCAACUGACAGAUGCGGAAGAGCAAAAGACUGUUCAUGAAAACUCCUACCUUGAUUCCGUGACGGCUUUGGACGAGAUAAAGGCAAAACUGCGGGAGGCAACCCAGAGACUGCACGAACUGGACGAGCGCAUUGCCGAGGCCGAGGCCGCCGCUGCAGUAGCCCAGUCUGCGGCACAAAAGGCUGGCAAGAAGAGAGCUUACGACCUGGGCGAGAAGAACAAUGUCAUUGCUCAGAUUGAAGACAGCAAACGAGACCGUGCCGAUUCGCAGAGUAACGUCGACAAGAUGGACCAGAAGAUUGCCGAGUUUGUCGAACAAGCUCGGCAAGUGUGUGAGCGGGUCAACGUGCCCGAAGGAGAAGACCACGAAAGCUUGAAAAAGAAGUACAACCGGAUUCAAGCAGAUUACCGCAAGUACCACGAUCGUAUCGGCGACCGGGAACAGAUCGCGGCCGAAGCUGCCAAGUGGUCGAAAGCAUACGAGAGCGCGAAGCGAGAAGUCAAAGGGUUAUCGGAUCUCCGUGACAAGCUCACUGAGACGAUGGUGCAGCGACGAUAUCGGUGGAAGCAGUUCCGAAACUUCAUCUCGCACAGAUCCAAGGCAUCCUUCAUGUAUAUGCUGAGCGAGCGUGGCUUCCGUGGAACCCUCACUUUGGAUCACAAGCAGAAACUGAUGGAUAUCCGAGUCGAGCCUGACAUUACAAGAAGAGAUGGCAGGGGACGAAGCGUGCGAACUCUGUCAGGUGGAGAGAAGUCAUUCGCCCAGAUUUGCCUGCUGCUUGCGAUUUGGGAAGCGAUGGGGGCGCCCAUAAGAUGCCUUGACGAAUUCGAUGUUUUCAUGGACGCAGUCAAUCGAAGCACCAGCGUCAACCUACUGAUCGAGGGAGCCAGGCAGAGCAUUGGUGGUCAAUUCAUCCUCAUCAGUCCUGGUACCAAGUCUGACAUCAAGAGGGCGCCAGAUGUCAAUCCUAUCGAGUAG